AUGCCACAGCCAUGGCUAUCGGCUCGUCAGCAAGCCUAUGACAAGAUCGGCCCUGCGCAGAGGAAAUCAAGUAUCCACGAAGCCCAGAAGCAGAUCCAACACUCCAUUGGACUCUCACUGUGGUUGAAGCCAGCGACCGAGGCAGUAGAGAUCACCUCAGUUCACGUCACAACUUACCCUGCGUUCCGGCUGAGCGACUACCCCACCUUCCGCGAUAUGCUCUGUCCUCCUCAGUCCAGCUCGCCCUUCGUUCAUAUCUACGACCCGAAGACGAAUAAGUGGUCUAUUAUCGCAGCUGAUAGCUAUCGCCAAAUCACUGGGGGUGAGACGAGCCUCCUCCUCCGAACGAUCCCUUCGCUCUCUGCUCCCGACUUUGACCCGAUGGAGUAUCCCGGGAUGGCUGAGGCCAUGCAGGCCCUCCGCAGGAAGCGGUCCUUUGCAACUGUUGAUGACCUGCUCCCAAUGUCAUCGAACUCGGCGGGAUCUGCGAAGCGUGCACGUCUGGACUCCGAGUCGGCAAUCGCACCACGAGCUCCCAGCCCACUCCGUAUUUGCUCGUCGCCUGGCCCUGGUCGUAUCACAGAGCCUGAUGAGCACUUCCCGAGGGUCUCACGAGCUUCGCUCUCUUCCGAUUGGAGGGCCCUUCGUUCUGGUGUGACUGGCACCAUCCCCAGCAACAAUCUGCCAACCAUUGACGAAGAACUGGUCACCGAGGGCACCGAGUCGUCGAUGGGUCGUUCAGCCUCUGUAGGGUCGCCUGAGCCCUCCAUGUCGUCUGGGGCAUCUACCACUGAUGUACCAGCACCAGCCAGUGCGACCCUCUCUGUGCCGACGAUCCCAACUGGUUUCAAGGCAAGGUCGUAUGGUUCAGACGACCUGUCGUUCCCAAAGAGUUUGCCCUUCACCGAUAUCUACAAUGGGCUCGUUAAGGUUCACAACCUCACGUCGCAGAGGGUUCCUCAAGUCGGUCGAGCAAGUGCAUGUUCGCUCGCCUGGCCGAAGUAUGAGUGGCAGAAGAAGCGAUGCAAGGGGUAUGACGAUGCUCGAGCUGAUCUCGGGCGUGGGGAUGCCGAUAUCUGGCAGCGAUGCCUCAACACCCCGAACGCACUCUGGGGCGACUACACUCGCUAUUUGGGAACACUUGGUCGGUCCAGUGCCAAGCCUCUGCAUUUCCCAUGGGACCCAGACGGUGGCCGACCUUCGCAGCCAUCUGCUGAUACCGAGCCUGAGGCGAGCGAACCUCCGACUUCAUCUGAGUCCGUCAAGACGACCAUUUUGUCCCCACCUUCCACUGUUGUCGCUCAGGCGAACCAGCUGCUGUCGUCGAUUUCCGAUGUCGCCCAGGCGAACGAUACGUCACCUCCUUCUCAUGCUCGGGCGCCGAGUGAGCCUCCUCCUCCCCCGAUGAUCGCUCAGGGGAAUGAUUCACCGCCAGCCUCGCCGCCAGCCGUAGAUGAGCUGCCUUCUUUGCAGAUCACUUGGGCGAGCGAGCCACCUCCUCCCUCGCAGAACCCGGGCAACGAGGUGCUAUCUCCUCCGAUGAUCGUUCAGACGAACGAUCCACUGCCUCCUACUAUGCUGGUCGCUCAGAUGAGCGAGUCGCUACCUUCUUUGCAGAUAGCUUGGGCGAGCGAGCCGCCUCCGUUGAUGUUGGCCCAGGCAGAGCUGCCGUCUCUUCCGACGAUUGCUCAGACGAAAAACCCACUUCCACCUCCUUCGAUGGUCGAGCUUCUGGCGAGCGACAACCCUCUUCAACACAUCAACCCCACGUACCCUUCCUUUGAUCCCGAGGUACCAUCGUGGGAUGCUGCAGCCCCUACGUGCACGGCAUACUACGGGCCAAGUGGCUGGUACCCUGUGCUGGAUACGAUCGCUCCCAGCUCAAUUGAAUCCUAUACCGGUAUGUCCCCCUGAGCCUGAGCCAUAUUCACUUCGCCACAGCUGAUGGCGUACAGACCUUGUUCAGUCAAUUCCCGGCGAGUUAGCAGGAUAUCUCGGAGACCUCGCAAUACCUCAGGAUUUGAGUACAUCUGCACCCGAAAGUGGUUCUGCGACGAGCCCCUUGGCUGGGUGAGUAAUAGCGUGUCCCUUCGGUGGAACUUGCAGGCCAGUACAUACAGACCGACCACUAA